AUGGACAUGGACAUGGACAUGGGCACAGGCAGCUGCCAGAUCUCCAUGCUCUGGAACUGGACCACAAUCGACGCCUGCUUCCUCUCCAAAUCCUGGCACAUAACCACCACGCGCAUGUUCGCCGGCUCCUGCCUCGGCACCAUCGGCCUCGUGGUGUGCCUCGAGUUCCUGCGCCGCGUCGGGCGCGAGUACGACGCUUUCCUCGUCCGGCGGGCCCGGUUGCGGUAUCAGUUCCUGUCGAACUGCGAACAACCUUCUAGGACUUUCUCGGAGGAGGAGGGGGAGAUGUCCCCGGCGCCGUGCGCUUCGACUUCUCGGUGCAAGGAUGCAACCCCAGCAGCAGCAGCAGCAGCAGCGCCACCCUUCCGCCCAACCCUCGCCGAGCAACUCGUCCGCGCCACCCUGCACAUGCUGCAGUUCGCCGUGGCGUACUUCGUCAUGCUGCUGGCGAUGUACUUCAACGGGUAUAUCAUCAUCUGUAUCAUCAUCGGGGCGUUUCUGGGGGCGUUUGUGUUUUCGUGGGAGGUGAUUGGGGAGGGGGUGGUGGGGAACGAUGCUACCGCCGUGACGAAGUGCUGUGGUUAA